AUGGUUGGGUUGUUUGAGGCUUUGACGGUCAAUAAGCAUCUCCCGAUUGUGCCUAGGAUUUUGUCGAGUUUGCCGCGCGUUGUGGUGGAGGUGCUGGAUCCGGCUUUUGUGCCCUUUUUCGAGACGCAGUCGCUCGUUGCUGCGCAGGCGAGGAAAGUGUGGGAGGAGGAGAAGGGCAAGGAUAAAUCGAAGGUGGAAGGAGAGGAGAAGCCCAAAUCCAUCUUCCACGGCAUCAUGCAAAGCUCUCUUCCCGACGAGGGGAAGACACAUCCUCGCAUGGUUGACGAAGCUUUCGUCUUGAUCGUCGCGGGAGGCGAGACGACUGCGAGAGUCACUGCCGUGACGCUGGCACAUUUACUCCAGAACAAAAGCCUCAUCAGUCGCCUGCGAAAGGAGCUCGAUAAGCUGGACAUUAUCAACGACCUCCCGUCGAGCAGACGACUCGAGGAAAUCCCGUUGAUGAAAGCCAUCGUCCAAGAAGGACUUAGGGUCGCUGCGCCGGUGACCAAUGCGGCGAAACUCAUUGCGCCGAAUGAGGAGUUGGAGUGUCAUGGGCGGAGUGUUCCGAGAGGUACUCCCUGCAGCACAAAUCUACAGACAGUGCUUCACGACCCGGUCAUCUUCCCGAACCCGAAAUACUUCGAUCCGGAUCGAUGGACGAGGGCGAGCGAGAGGGGGGAGAGGCUGGAGAGGUGGCUCGAUACGUUUUCGAAGGGGACGAGGGCGUGUUUGGGGAUGGAUGGUGCGUAUGCGGAGCUUUGUAUUGGGAUUGCUGCUGUUGUGGCGAGGUGA